AUGAAAUCCGACGGAGGUUUGGUGAUUUUGAUAGAAAAACGAGUGGAAACUAUGAUUCUUGCUCACUCAUUUCCAGUCUCGAAACACGUUUGUACAUUUUUAGGCGAUCGUCCUGCGUACCGCCUACUCGACGCUGAAAGGCCAGUUGGUCCGCUCGAUCAUGUACCCGAAACCGGUGGAUUUUCGUUUUACGAAAGACCUCUUCAAAGUGAGUCUACAAUAGCUAUUUUUAGAUGAAUUCCCAAACUAUGUUUUGCAGUUCAUUCUGUUUCUGGCAUGCAUUUCGGGUCUCGGCUUCAUCUACACAAUAAUUGUGAUGAUACAAAGGGGAAGCACACUCCGACGGCUCAUUGUUCGAUCGUUGGACAUUAUAACGAUUACGGUUCCGCCAGCACUUCCGGGUACUUUUUUUAAAUGGUAUUUUUUGUCGAAAAAUUACUGUUUCUUGCAGCUGCCAUGUCUGUGGGCAUCAUAAAUGCUCAAUUGCGACUGAAACGAAAGGGAAUUUUUUGCAUUUCACCGUCCGUUAUCAACACUUGUGGUGCUAUAAAUGUGGUACGCGUUUGGAGACCAUUUUACGAUUCGCCAGAAUUUUCCCGGGGUUUCCCACAUUUCUAGACUAUUAUUCACAAAUUUUGGAGCACAUUUGCACUAACACUCCCACUUCGACUAUUGUAGGUCUGCUUCGACAAAACGGGUACGCUGACCGAAGACGGGCUCGAUUUUCAUGUGGUGCGACCGGUGAAGACGACGAGAGUCGCCGAGGAGAGUGCGGAAAAUGCGGAGAAAAUUGAGUUUAUGGAAGAAAUGACCGAAUUGAAGAGCCGCGCGCGGCUUCCGUUCGACGGAGACAUUGUCAAGGCGAUUGCCACGUGUCACUCGCUCACCAGGUUGGGAAAUGCGAGAAACCGACAACUUUUUAUGCAUUCCUCACUUUAGAAUCAACGGAGUGCUCCACGGCGACCCGCUCGACCUGAUUUUAUUCCAAAAAACGGGCUGGACGAUGGAAGAGGGCGAGGGCGACAUUGAGGAGGAGACGCAGAGAUUCGACAGUGUUCAGCCGUCGAUUAUCAAGCCGAGCGGUACAUUUUCCGGUUUUACAGUAAAAUACGCAUUUUGCUGCUGAAAGUUUGAAUUUUUACGGAAUUUUUGAGAUUUGUUAUACACUGUUCAAUGCGUUUUGGAGCAUUUUGAGAUGUUCUAGUCGACUUCUCUAGUAUUCCAUUCUCAGUGAACCUCAAAAAACCAAAGAAACGUUUCAGACGACACGAGUGCGGAGUACUCGGUGGUCCGCCAGUUCACCUUCUCCUCGUCGCUCCAGCGGAUGUCUGUGAUCGUGUUCGAUCCGUCCGAGGACCGUCCCGACAACAUGAUGCUCUACUCGAAGGGAUCGCCCGAAAUGAUCCACUCACUUUGUGAUCCGGCCACCGUUCCCCACGAUUAUUUGGUACACUGUUUUGCGAAAUGUUCUAUGUGUUCAAUACUUAUGCAGCCUUUCAACUGUUAUCUAGCUGUUUUAGCGCAGAAAUCCACAAAUUCAUAAGAUUUGUGACGCCGUUUUAGACUCACAAUUUUGCACGCGAAACGCGGGCUGCGGUUCCGUGGGCGCACCUGAUUCAAGUGUUGUUUUGUUUUGCAGACGCAAGUGAACGCGUACGCACAGCACGGAUUCCGUCUGAUCGCCGUCGCGCGCCGCCCGCUCGACAUGAACUUCAAUAAGGCGUCGAAGGUGAAACGGGACGCCGUCGAGUGCCAUCUCCAAAUGCUCGGCCUCAUCGUCAUGGAGAACCGCGUGAAACCGGUCACUCUUGGCGUCAUUAAUCAGUUGAAUCGGUGGGUAUCCUAGUUUUUUGAGCAACUGUCUCAACGUUUCAGAAAGUUCUGAUAUUUCAUAUUUACUGUUUCAAGGAAAAAUAAUUAUCUGGCACUUCAAACUACUAUUCUUUUUGGAUUGCUUUUUUUUUUUGCAGAGCCAACAUUCGGACAGUGAUGGUGACGGGAGACAAUCUGCUGACGGGUCUUUCCGUGGCGCGCGAGUGCGGAAUAAUACGGCCGUCGAAAAGAGCGUUUCUGGUGGAGCACGUGGUCGGAGAGCACGAUGAGCACGGCCGCACGAAACUCGCCGUCAAACAGGUACCGCCGAUUUUGAAUUGGGAUUUUUGUGGCCUCAAACUUUGGCCCAAUUGCCUGGGAUCCGAUCAUUCGGUUCCGAGAUAUGUGGAUCAGAGGCCGAGAAGACAGGGUUUUUGAGGCCUCAAACCAGUAUAUCUCGGGACCGGAAACUCGGACCCAAUAUACUUCAAUCCAAAAAGCCUGCGAAGCUCCAACUUUUCUAUUACGCGUAAUGCCCUGAAAGUCUAGGCCUUCAAAAGGCCUGGGCUGGAAUUUUGUCAACAAAACACGAUUUCCUACAAAAAUGUUUCAACAAAUUUGCAAACAAUUUUGACCUACAGUCGUAUUUGAUCUUCAUGGGGGUAAGCUUCCUAUUUGCCAUCAUUUCUAGUUCCUUAGAGUUAAAAAGGCUUGAAUUGAGUGUGUUUGAUUGAAGCUCGAGAGGCAGUAGCACUGUUCACCCAAUCUUUUGUUAACUAAUAACACGGACAUAACAGACAAUUGCGGAACCUUUUUGCAGUCGGUCUCGUCGUCGGAUGAGGUGAUCGAAGACGACGGCUCCGUGUCGGUGUCGAUGUGCUCGUCGACGUGGAAAGGAUCUUCGGAGGCGGUGCCGACGGACACUGUCAUUCACAAUAACAACAACAACAACAAUAAUUCCCUCCAAAUGGACUUCUCGACGAUGGAAGACCUCGGCCAUUUGAUCGCCUCCAGCUACCAUUUGGCCAUCUCGGGACCCACUUUCGCCGUGAUCCACCACGAAUAUCCGGAACUUUUGGACCAAUUGGUGUGCGUUUGUGACGUUUUCGCCCGAAUGGCGCCCGAUCAGAAGCAGUUGCUCGUCGAGCAGCUCCAGAAAGUCGACUAUACGGUGGCCAUGUGUGGAGACGGCGCCAACGAUUGUGCCGCACUCAAAGCCGCCCACGCAGGUACUCGCUUUUUAUGGGCAAUGGAUUAUCAUUUUCGAAACCAAAUUUCUUGCAGGAAUCUCGCUCUCGGAUGCGGAAGCGUCGAUCGCGGCGCCGUUCACGUCGAAAGUGCCGGACAUUCGAUGCGUUCCGCUGGUGAUCAGCGAAGGGCGCGCCGCUCUGGUCACCUCGUUCGGCAUCUUCAAGUAUAUGGCCGGAUACUCGCUCACCCAAUUUGUGACGGUCAUGCAGUUGUACUGGAUCUCCAACAUUCUCACCGAUGGACAGGUAAAACGGAUGGAAAAUGUUGGAAUUUGAUGGAAUCUCAGGGGAGCUACUUCAAAUAAUAUAAAUUUUUGAAUGCACCCCACUCAAGUGACAAUUUUCAAAAAGAAAAUGGUUCUGAACGACUCUCAAUUUCAAUAUUGCAGUUCAUGUACAUCGACAUGUUCCUGAUCACGCUGUUCGCCCUUCUGUUCGGCAACACGCCCGCACACCACCGUCUCGCCCAUUCGCCACCGCCCACGCGCCUUCUUUCCGUCGCCUCGAUGACUUCUGUCGUCGGGCAGUUGAUCAUUAUGGGCGUCGCACAGGUUUGUACCCCCCCCCCCCUUUUUUUUAAAUGUAGUUUCGUUGAAGCAAUCUCGAAUCCAGGUUUUAAUGAAACUAGAGGCGCAUACUCAACGUACUCCUUCCGGCCGAAUCUCAUUAAAAUGCGUUUGCAGUUCGUGGUGUUCUACUCGGUCACUCUGCAACCGUGGUUCGAACCGUACCGGCCGCCCGUCGGUGACGAGGAAGAGGACAAGCGGAGCAUGCAGGGCACGGCCGUCUUCUGUGUCUCCAUGUUCCAGUACAUCACUCUCGCACUCGUCUACUCGAAGGGACCGCCGUACCGCGGUUCGCUGCUCGCCAACAAGCCCAUGUGCGCGCUCAGCAUUCUCGCCACCUUGGUAAGCCUCCUUCAAAAAACCUGUACAAAAAAGGUGUAGCCAAAAUUUUCAAAAAAACCAAACAGUUCGUCCAAAUCAUUGAUUUCCAGUUGUGCCUGUUCAUCGUGCUCGUUCCGUGGGAUUGGAUGCUCGCAUUUCUGGGCAACAAACACCUGGUCGACCUCGAGUUCCGUCUCUUCAUCGUCCUCGUCGCCGCCGUCAACUCGGCCGUUUCGUUCGCCUUCGAAAAGUGUUUCGUCGACCUGUUCUUGCUCGGAUAUUGGCAACGGUACGCCGUUAAUUCAGACAUUACAACGUUCACGUUUCAAAAAGAGAGUGAAUACUAUUUUUUGCAGUUACAAGAAAAAGCGGAGCAUCGAGACGAUCGUGGACUUUGUGCCGGCGCCCUCGUCGGAGCUCAUCCGCCGCCCGUCUGGGGCAAACGGAAUGAGCUCCUCGCGCACCGAAACCACGUUGCUCUCCGACGAAUUGCACAUGAGCACGAAAAACGGCGGAAAAAAUGGGAAGAAUAGCGAAAAGUUUGUGUUUUUACGGUUUUUGAACGUGUUGAUGUUGAGCUACACGUUCCCCGAAUUAUUUGAGUUUACAGAACAUUAUAAGUGCACGCUAUACUGACAACAUGUGCAGGUUCAACCUGAACCUUUGUGAGGAGCUCGGCAGGAAUCGGGAGGACUCCAAUUAUUUUAAAUGGGUCGAAUAUCAUUCCAACGUUUCCCGAAUCAAUUUCAUUCAUGUUUAACGAAUCAACCGAGUUACACGCUACCUGAAAUGUCGAAUGUUCUAAGAUAGAAAGGCUGUAACGUGGUUGAAACUGAUCCGAUUGAGACCAGCAGCACAGUCUAAAUCCUCUCCAAUAACGUUAGGCGCUCAAGCCAAUCUGAAACUCGCUAGCGAUCCAGUAAACUUGAAUGGAAUUGAUUGGGAAAUGUUCAGAAAACGAGUUUAGAAUGAUAUAGAAUGCAUUGCAGUCCUCCCGAUCAUGGAGGUCCAUUUUCCGAAAUAAUUCUAGUCAAACCUAAUGUCUCUUGAUUUUGCAGCGAAGAAUCGAGCGCGCUCUUCGAACGGAUAAUAUCUCGAAUUGGCGGCGAACCGGCGUGGAUCCACUCGACUCCCCGUCAAUUUUAUGCGAAUUCCCAUGAAGAGGACACGGAAACAGAGCCGUUGGGCAGAAGCUUCUAA